GAGUCCGACAGGAAGUGUUGCUAGCAGACAACCAGCUCGUGGUGAGGAGAAGACCCAACAGAGAUGACUGAAUUGCCGCUGUAUUUAACUAAUGCGAACGUUUCCCUGGCGCAAACUAUGGAAACUGAAAAGGGUCCAGGAGAGGCGAAAGACUUCGAGAGUGUGGAGAUGGUACAUUCUGGGGAGAGCCGGGGCAGAGUGAAGCUUCCCCGAAGGACCAUCUACUUUGCCAGCGGAGAGACCAUGGAGGAAUACAGCACCGAUGAAGAGGAGGAGGAGGAGGAGGAUCUCGUGAAGAAAGAUGUCGUCACUGUUGAUCCGGGUAAAUUGACCUGGGGCCCAUAUUUCUGGUUCCACAUGUGGAGAAUGGCCACCUCCACCAUAUCAGUGUGUGACUACAUGGGAGAGAGAAUGGCCUCUCUUUUUGGCAUCACCACUCCUAAGUACCAGUAUGCUAUCGAUGAGUACUACCGUAUAAAGAAAGAGGAGGAGGAGGAAGAGGAGGAGAACCGCCUGGCUGAGGACGCAGAGCGGCGUUAUGCCGAGCAGCAGAGAGGCGAGCGGGGCGCUUCUCACACUGCUACUGUGGAGCAGCCCGAGUCUUCGGGAGCAUCCUUUGUGAACAUCAGCUUUGACCUCAAACCUGAGCCUCCUCUCAAUGUUGCAGACACCAACAGAGUCCCUUCCCCUCUCCCCUCCUGAAAACCGUAACUCACCUCCCAAACCUCUAACAUUAACACAUUUCUGUCAUGCAAAAACCUUAAUUACCUUUGCUGUAUAGAUAGAUAAUAUUGCUAUUUUUCUAUACUAUGCUGUUUUAUUAAAUGAUAUCCUAAUACACAGUGCAGGGAUGACUUAAAAGGGCUGUGGAAGUGGCUGCACUAGCCUUAUCUGUGAUUGUAAAUCUAUGUACAGAGUGUAAAAAGUAUGUAAGACUUCAACCAUUUUGUAGACUAACUCACUUUAAAAUUUAGAGAAAGUGAAAUAAAUAUAGGGCUUUAAUCUUUAUUGACGAAAGAAACGACCCAGUUUUGAGUCCGAAGUCGACCCUUCCACCUCUGCCCUCUAUGAAAACUACUGUACCGUCCUGUGUAGAAUGAACACCUGUAAUAUCUGGAUUUCCACCAAGUAACUGUGAAUGAAUAGUCCGAUAUAAAAAAAACGUCCUUGAUCAUUGUGUCCCGGCCAAACAUGGGUUAAUUCAAAAGCUCCUUUACUGAGUAUGAUGGUUUUUGUUUUUGUGUUAAUAUGUACUAUGAAAAUUAUCUUCAGACAAUGCUGUAUUGCAGUAAUUGGGGCCAAUGUGUGUCCGUUGGCUCAGACAUGAAAACUGACUUUAUCUCUUUACUUGUUAUGAUUCACAAUGUAAACUGUGUCAGUGGUGAUAUUUGAAACAGUUUAAUAACAGAAACAACUUUGUUUUGCAGAAACACAAACCAGGCCUGCGCAGCUAAUAUCAAUAUACUGUAGUUAAAAAAAAGAAAAAUACUCUAGUUUUCAAAUUUGCUGGUGAUUGUUGAAUUACAUUGGGAAGUAGGGUCGCUCACAUAGAGCGAUGGCGUCCCUCGUGUGUUCUGAGAAUUUAUUCUUUAAGUGUCCUUGCCUGAGCUGUCAGAAGCUGCUUAUUAAUUAUUUUUGUCACAGAUGUGGCGGCGUCAGGCCUCAGAUCUUCUAAGAGGGCAGAGCAGAGCACUGACACUGUGGCCUUCAGUUUCCUCACCACGACCUAUAAAAAAAACAAAACACUCCUCUUUUCAAAAUGAU